AUGACAAUCUGCCGGAGGAUGUUCUCGACCUCCCGGUCCAUCCUCAGCCAUGACAAUCCUCUGGGCUUGCCUCGUUCCGGUACUCCCCCGUCCUUUCCCCGUCGUCGUGGCCUGCCUCAGAAGCGCACGAUCCGAGAUGUCAAGAAAGUGGUGGCUGUUUCCUCUGCCAAGGGGGGUGUGGGUAAAUCAACGGUUGCGGUAAACCUUGCCCUUGCCUUUGCUCGCCGAGGUAUCAAGACUGGAAUCCUUGAUACCGAUAUCUUUGGCCCGUCUAUUCCAACUCUACUCAAUCUGUCUGGCGAGCCUCGUCUCGACGAAAAUAACUGCCUCGUCCCCCUUACAAACUACGGCCUCAAGUCCAUGUCAAUGGGCUACCUCCUCCCUCAAACACAAUCCGAUAGCCCGACUGGCGAAGUACCCAUGGAUACAACCCCGAUCACCUGGCGUGGCCUCAUGGUUACGAAAGCCAUGCACCAGCUCCUACACUCAGUCUCCUGGGGUCCACUCGAUGUCCUCGUUCUGGACCUUCCACCUGGAACUGGCGACGUCCAACUCACUAUCAACCAAGAAGUCAUCAUCGACGGCGCUGUUAUCGUAACGACCCCUCAAGACAUUGCGCUCCGUGAUGCAGUUCGUGGUUUCGGCAUGUUCCAGCGCAUGGACGUCCCCGUCCUCGGUAUGGUCCGCAACAUGGCCUACUUCGCAUGCCCGAAUUGUGGUCACCAAACUCGAAUCUUCUCACACGGAGAAGGACAUCAGUCACAUUGUGAAGAUCAUGGCGUGGUUGCAGAGUGCAAGCGACUCGGCGUUGACUUCCUUGGCGACAUUCCCCUCGAUGCACAAGUGUGCGAAGAUGCAGACCGUGGAAAGCCCACUAUGGUCGCAGAGGAGAACGUCGAAAAGAGUGUCCGACGCCAGGCUUUCCUUGACGUUGCUGAACAGGUGGCCAACAAGAUUGGCUUGGACUGGCACUAA